GUAUAAAGACCUAUCUAUAUCUAUAUGAAAGGAUGUAAUUUGUGUGUUUAAAGGAUGUAAAUAUUGACGUGUUUCAAGUUUUGUACGAAUUUAUAUGCUCACACAUAUAUGUACAAUCUACCAUUUUACCGUUUUCGUUUUUAAGUGGACAAUUUAUUACACAGUGUGAUUAUUAUUAAAACUUUGCUAAAAGAUGAAUGAAACUAGCACUCGUUGGUGCUUUGCACCAGGUUGUAUGUUGAAUAUAAAAAUAGCGAAACGACAUUUCUUUCGAUUUCCAAAAGAAAGAGAAAGAUGGCUAGAAUGGAUUAAAGCCUGCAAUAGAAUGGACUUAGAGACAAUAGGUCCAGAAUAUGCUAAUCAAUACUAUCGUUUAUGCCACUUGCAUUUUCGAGUAGAAAUGUUUCGAAAUAUAGAAGGUAGAAUCUAUCUUAAGAAAGAAGCUGUACCAUCAAUAUUUUUGAAACCGAUACAGACAGGAAAUAAUAAAUCUACAGACUUGUUACAACCAAUUUCUUUUGUAACUAUAUUUUUGAAGCCAGAGAGCAGAACCAGAAACUCAUCAUCAAAUAUGACUACGCAAUUGAGUUUGACACAUCCAAUAAAAACUGAUGAAAGAGAUACAACUGUAAUUUCACCACUACAAGUACUUUUUCCAAGAGCAUCUAUAAAGCAAGUGUAUGAGGAUAGAAAUACACUAUCAGUUCAGACAACAUUGCUAAAAGAGAAGUCAGAGAACGAUAAUGAAAAUAUCCCUAAGCCAGAGGUGCAACUCGUCAGAGAAGUAUGCACAGACUUGGUAACACCGACAUCAUCACGAAUAUCUCCGGAAUGCGACAAUGGCGAUAUCAUAGAUUUAACGUCUACGGAUUCUUUAGUGGCAACGACAUCGAAAACCGUAUCAGUUCAUGCAAUACCACAAAAUGGUGACAGAACUCCAAAAAGAAGACGUUGGCACAUUUCAACACAGACGCCAGAAGCGUGGAUAUAUAUCGAUUCUUUUUUAAAAAAGAGACGAAUAGAAAAUCUCGAAACUCAUAUCGAUAACCAGGUCGCGAAGCGAUCGAAAAUGCUCUAUGUGGAAAACGAAGAUCAUUGCGCGAAGGUGGAUCAGUUUAAAGCAGCAUGCGCGGACUUGUUGCCGCGUAACUAUGCCUUAUUAGUAUCUGCGUUCAUUAACGCUCGCGAGAAACGCAAGGCCAAAAAAAAUUUUGCGGAUAGACAAUCUGCGCUCGAGUUUUUCCUCAUAGCUUCUGGCGCCUACCGAUUUUAUCGGCCGUUAUGCCUGUUGCCCACUGUGCGUCAAUUGUGGAGACAUAUCCGUAAUUGGGAUAUACCUCCCGGCUUGAACGAUAAUGUGUUUAACGCAUUACAUUUGAAGAUGAAAUCACUACCAUCGACAGAGAGACUUUGCUGUCUUUGUAUAGGCGAAAUGCGAUUGAGACCGUAUCUUUUUUACAAUUUAUCGCGUGAUAGAAUCAUCGGUUUCCAUGAUAUCGGCGUAGAGAAACGGCGCACGCUAGCGAGAAAGGCUCUAGUAAUAAUGGCGCGUAGCCUCAACGGUGACUGGGAACAGCCUGUCGCUUAUUAUUUCUACGGCAGCACGUGUUGUGCCAAUAUCAUGAAAGAUCUGAUAUUUCAGGCGAUAAUUAAAUUAAAGAGCAUUGGCGCGGCUGUGCAUGCCUUGAUUACAAGCACAGCACCAGCAUUUCUACGAUUAUCGCGGCAAUUAGGAAUUUCUGUGGAGCAUUCAUUCUUUUUGGUAAACGGCGAGAAAAUAUUUUACAUUUUUGAUGUUCCUCGUUUGAUAAGAGCAACCAGAAACAUUUUCAUGAAUUACGAAUUUCGCUACCGCGAAAAGAGAGCCUCGUGGACGGAUAUCGAACUGUUGUUCAGGCGUGACGGUCAAAUGCGAAUACCGCUGGUUCCUAAAUUAUCCGUAGGUCAUCUUGAGCCUAGUAAACGUCAAAAGACAGAAACCAAGUAUGCCGUUCAAGUAUUUAGCAGCAGCAUGGCUGCAGGAUUAAGCGCGCAUAUCGCGUCUGGCGAGUUUCCGUUGAAAGCAAUUGGAACGAUGGAAUUUGUAUACACUUUUGAUCAGCUGUUCGACAUUCUAAACUCAUCUGACUCAACUAAGACUAAUACUAAGGCUUUUGGUCAAGCUUUCACGGGUAGCACACACGAAAUGUGCUUUUUGCAACAAACGCUCGACUUCUUAAAGUCGAUCAGAGUGACCGACAUAAACGGCAUGUGCGUGAGAUCGAUGAAAUCCUUUGAUCGUUGGCAGAUUACGAUCAACGCGGUUAUCCAAUUGUGGAAUAAGUUGAAGGAGCAUCAGAUCCCCUUUCUUCGCACGAGAAGAUUGAAUCAGGAGGGCAUCGAGCGCGUUUUCCGUUCUAUUAGACGACAAAGCGGAAAUCGUGUUAAACCUACACCCAUUUUGUUUACUCGCGCGUUCAAGAACCUCGUAAGCAAGCACUUUCUCGAGCAUUCAAGUGAAGACAAUUCCGCCGCGAACGCACGGAGAAUGCUCAAGCGAAUAGCGUUGUCAGCAUCGUCGCUUCAAGUUGAUACAGUUCAACCCGUUACUACUCAAAUAGCUUUAAGCGUCGCGGCGACGAACUAUCGUAACAUCGAUUUGCGACUGCCCGAGAAAAGCGCGUUUAAACGCGUCUGUGAAUUUCUACUCAACGAAUGUUUACUUACGCACGCUAAUUGCGACGCGUGUAUUGACUAUGCCGCUAUGGAAAACUCAUUCAAUAAAGAGGCGUCGAGCUCUUUCAGCCUUUACGUUUCUGGUUUGGAGGACACGUUUAUGCUCAAUUUCGAGAAAUUCUCCAUCGAGGACAAUCUCGGCGCGCAGAUGUUGCAGUUUGCACAGCAAGUUGAGUAUAAACCGCCUUGUCCGGAUUUUCCAAUUGCUUUUUUGAUCAAAUUGUUCUUACGUAUGCGAAUAUAUUUUACAUUGUCGCGUCAUAAUAAGAUCUGCAAAGUCGUAGAAUCGCGUAAUUCUUUAAAUGUGAUACAAUUGUAAGUUUGUUUUUAUUGCGUUUAAUUUUAUUCAGAUAUUUAUGUUUGUUUUUAUUAUGUUACAUUUGCGUGUACGUUUUCGUUUAUAUCGGUCAUUAUUUUUUUUUCUCACGGUACAUAUUAUUACAUUUAAAGUAUAAAUUUUUAUGCCGAGUUUUCGUUGAAUCAGACAAGUAUCUCAAAUUUAAGAACGAUAUAAAGACACGUUUUUCCUUUUUUUUUUAAGUGAUUAAUUUUGUGUUAGAUGCAAAUCUUUGCAGGAGAUAAUGUAGGCCGAUUUUUAACAGUAAUUUUGCAAAACUUUUUUUUGAUAUUUUUAUUUUGUUAAUUGUUUAAUUUGUUGUUGCAUUUUAUUGCAUACUAUUCGACGUAUUAUUUGUGUGAGUGAAAUGCUUAAUAUAUUAUUUAAUGCUUAAUGCUUUGAAAUUAAGAUUUGCAAACCAUUAUUAAUGUGACACAUUGUUUUUUUUUUCUUUUUUUUGAUCUUGCUUCUUUAUGCAAAAGAAUCUUUGCGAAAUGAAUAGAAUGUAACUAAAAUGUGAAAGUUGGAAUACUUGAAUUUUAUUUUCAACAAGCAGGAUAUAGAUUUUAAACUAAUAAUGAAGAAUUUGUGAGGAAGUUAUGACUUAGUUUAAUGUACAGGAUAGUACAUGAUAGAUUGUUAUAUUCUCAAUCACUAUUAAGAAUAUUUAUUUUAUCGUUUAAAUGUGUCUUUAAUUAAAUGUUUAUUAAGUACACAAAUAAAAUUACACGGAUAUGUAAAAUCUUGCUUUCUGGUCUACUAGUAUUUGAAUUGGUAUGACGUUCACGUAGCGAUGGUACGAUGAGUUUUUUCGUCAUAGUCGGCAGUUAAGGAUUAAAUGCGUUACUAUAUGUAUAUAUAUAUACAUAUGUAUAAGAAACGUUCGACGUGUUACAAGUAGGUCAAGCUAUGACGCGCAACAGUAAUCGAUAUAAUCUAAAUACGAUGUACUCGCAAAGGGUGAAGUAAUGCCACGGCAUAAACGCGCUUCGCUAAAUACGGAAGCAGAUUGGAUCGUUGCUUGUGCUUACCAGUGGUACCCAUAUUGUUACUUUAUGAUUAAUAGAAGAUAAAUUCUAGCAGGUAGCAAUAUGUAAAGAGCUCGUUGAAUAUAUGUAAGUUCUAAAAAUGAGUUUUCUUUUUUUUUAGAGAAUUUUGUUUAUGAGAAAUUAUAUAUUUAUCUUACAAUCUUUGAUUUUCUUGUUCUCUUCAAAUGUCUGAAUAUAUAUUAUUAUUCAAUUUCAAAUAUAGAAGAAAAGCAAGACUCGAAGAGAGAACCAAUAUUCAUGAAUUUCAAAGAACAAAAUUCUUUUAAAAUUUGGUGCGCAAGACAUUUUUUAGAAUAUUUAAUGAUAAAAUUAAAGAAGAAAGAAUCUGGAGAUAUACCGUUAAAUUCUUUGUAAUACACUUUGCGAAACAAAAGAAAUUUCUUGGAUAAUAUACAAUUCUAAGAUGCUUUUUUCUUUUGCAGGAUUUUUUGUUUUAUGUAUGAUCUUCAAUGAUCGAGCUACAAUUAUAAGCUUUAAUAAUAGCCUUGUGCCGCUAUUGCGAAUAUUAAUAUUAAGAAACUCAGACUAUUGAGAAACUCUGGUAAGGCAGGUGAAGAAAUCGAUUCGAUAGUCGCUCCUAUACACGUGAUCCGCGCGCGCAUGUAUCCGCGCGGACUUGCGGCUACAACUCUGCGUAGGCGACGGCGGGUUACCUAGGACACCGUGUACAUACGAGGAGUGCCGCGUUGCAGGCAACACUUUCAGCACAGUCGUGUCCUCGGUGACGGCGUCGACGGGACCAUGCACGUCCGGAUUGAAGCAUUAAACAACCGUGUUCAAAUGACAGUUUCAAGUGCUUGAGAUUAAUUUAUGAAGACGUAAUAAUCGAAGAUGUAAAUACAGGAGAAUCGUCGAGGACUAAACGUUCGUGAAAUGUCAGCGUGAAUCAAUCUCAGCAUCUACAAACGUAGUGGCCGACCGUCACCUCGCUAUUUGGCGCGCCAGUAUGCUCCUACGUUGUCCUCCGGACUGAACUUCCUGAUACGUGAAUCAGGAUCGCCGGAAGCUGACCUCGUGCGGCGAGGAUGA